UGAUUACGAUGUUACAUAUUGCUGUGGUGUCACAUUGGACGUUCAGUUAGCUGCCGCAAGUGACAGCAAGAACUGUGACAUCCACAUCAAUUUAAAUAUAUUCAGAGAAAUUUCUAAACAAUGGCAGCAAAGGCAAUUCGAGAAGCAACUGGGAAAGAUUUGAUCAACCGUAAACUUCCUGUUGGAACGAAGGCAGCAAAAUGUAGAUUUAUAUCUAUUACGGAAAAUACAAAUUGGAUUGAUAUUAUCAACGAACAUUCAUGGCUCAAAACGGAAAGAUUAGUUGUUAAACCGGAUCAAUUAAUCAAGCGACGAGGAAAACUCGGAUUAAUUAAAGUAAAUGCAGAUUUAGUUACAGUACAAAAUUGGAUUCAGCAGCACAUGAAUAAAGAACAACGCAUUGGCAAGACAAUUGGAAAAUUAAAAACAUUUAUAAUUGAACCGUUUGUGCCGCACAAACCGGCAGAAGAAGCUUAUGUUUGUAUCUAUUCUCAUCGUAAAGCUGAUACGAUAUUAUUUCAUCACCAGGGAGGUAUUGAUAUCGGAGAUGUCGAUGCUAAAGCUUUAAAAUUAGAUAUACCGAUUGGUGGAAAGAUGCCUGAUCAAUCUAUAUUGAUUGAUAAACUUUUGACAAAUGUGAUGGACGAUAAAAAGGCGGUGAUUGCUGAAUUUAUAGAAUCUCUUUAUAAGCUCUACGUUAAUUUAUAUUUUACGUACUUGGAAAUCAAUCCACUAGUGAUUACGAAUACUGCAAUUUAUAUUCUCGACCUUGCGGCAAAAUUAGACACUACGGCAGAUUUCAUAUGUAAACCAGAUUGGGGAGAAAUCGAUUAUCCGCCACCGUUUGGAAGAGAUGCUUAUCCAGAAGAAGCUUAUAUAGCUGAUUUAGAUGCUAAAUCUGGCGCCAGUUUAAAGUUGACAAUUCUUAAUCCGGAUGGUCGCAUAUGGACUAUGGUUGCUGGCGGUGGUUAG